AUGUCCCGGCUUGUCAAGGACACCAAGGGACUCUACAUGUUUAUAGGGGACUCGGCAACCUUGUCAUUUCUUCAGAACAUUCGCCGGAUCGUUCGCCGCUCAUUGGACAGCUGCGCGUUUGUGAGCGACCCCCUACGCCAUUUAAUCGUAGAGGCAACGCCUUGUUCUGGCUCUGGCUCUGGCCCUGAUUCUGAUCGAGGCUGGAUAAUGUCCAGUGCGAGAAACCCGCCACCAAGACCAUCCGUUGCCGAGGCCGAGUACCUCCAGACUUGGUAUCGGCGAUCAGCCAAUUGCGUGCUGCUUCUUUUCGACGACCAAGAUCUGGACCACCGUAUUGCAGAGUGGCUUCAGAAUGGAAAUGACGCUGCUACCCCGGCCAGCUCCGUUUACUAUCUCGUGUUUGCAAUUGGUGCUCAAACCGGCCCUCAUGAUAAGGACGAUCUGGCGCAGGCGUUUUUCAACUAUGGCCGAUAUUUGACUGUCGACACCUUGAUGGAGGAUCCUGAUAUUCCAACCAUCCAAGCCUUUGCGCUGAUUGCGAUGUAUCUACUGGGAGCAUCGCGGCGGAACUCGGCCUUCAUGUAUCUCGGCAUGGCUGUUCGCGCAGCCUAUGCGCUGGGCCUUCACCGUAAAGAUAUCUCGGCCCUUUAUCCGCCAGACGAAUGCCAGCGUCGAGAAAGGGCUUGGAAAGCUAUCCGUAUCUUGGACCUGUUCAUGAGCGCAUCUCUUGGCCGGCCCCCUUCGACCGCCGAGACACGCAACACAUCAAGCGCAGAGGACUACUCUGCAUGCAACGAUCUCUCCAACAUCUUCGAAUCCGUGCUGCUAGAUGUAUAUGCAAAAAGGGUAAUUUCUACAGAGGUUCUGGAAAGGAUCAGCAAAGAGCACCGACGCUGGGCUGCACAAUCCUCCCAGGGCUUGGAGUUGGACGGCAUCCCACUUGGCGGUGAAACUGAAAUCGGUGGUCAAGAGCCAAACAUUGGGCUCCUGCAUCUCAAGCAAACAGCUUACUGGACCAUCAUUCUACUAUCUCUGCCAUUCCUUCUCAAGAUGGUCUCAUCGCACGUAGACUCUACUGUGGGGGACCACCUCAUAGACCAAGGCAAAGCGCCUACAAACCAAGCACUCGUAUUUGCUUGUCUGGAGUCUGCGAUUGGGAGCAUCGAUCUUUUCCAGCCCCUACUGGAAUCUGAGAGCCUCCCAAAGCGACUGCCAUUUGUUAUGAACUCCAUCUUCGUCUCAGGUCUGGUGAUUGGGGCGGCGAUUUUUGGAGACCUGGACACAAACUUCCCGCUCAAACACAGCUUGAGGCUGGCGAGGAGCGCCCUCAAACGUUUUGGCCAACAUGACGCAAUCGCAAAGCGUCACUCGGUCAUUCUCGAACACCUGCAAGAAGCUUACGAUGAGUAUAUAGAAAUGAGAACUCGGCGAAAGAUGGAGCGUCACGGCCAUCUCGUCAAGGGGCUCUUCGGGUGCAUCAACACGAUCGGCGAGGAUGCUCCAGAUAGUGGACGGAGGAGCACGGAAAAACAACUGAAAGAUAGUGGCUCUGAUGAUAUUUAUGCCUCGUUUCUACCGGCAUUUUGUAACGUAGGCGAGCAGGGCAUCAACAUGGGACUAAUCAACCUGACAGGGAGCGACGCGCAGAAUGAAGCAGCAAACGGCACACGAGAGUCGGACAGUGUGCAGACAGAAGACAACCUGGCUACAAUGGUUCCCUCAAUGUCGCCAAACAUGCUGUGGUUUGAUUCUUUGGGUAAUAACAUGUCUCUUUUCCCUGUUGUUGACGCACAUGCGAUUGACAAGGAUGCAGUGGACUCAAACUCGUUCCCUCCUACCUUUAUGUACUAG